AAGAACAGACGCAUCCAUCCCGACCAACCAUGGGUUUCUCCAGAACCUUGGCCGUGUUCCUGUGCGUGAUCCUGGCCUCGCUCGCGUUAGUCUCGCAGGACGUGCUCGCCGCAAGAGGCCUCGCUGAAGCCAACGGCCGUCCUCUGAAGGGUGUAUAUAGGGGAUGGCCAUAUCGUGGCCAGCCCUACGGGACUAACUUGCCAGCCCCUGAUGGUGGCUAUGGUGGUGGUGGUUAUGGCGGUGGUGGCUAUGGCGGGCCACCAAAAAUAUAGCAUCCUUAGAGCUGGACGACGGCUCCCAUGCCUCAAACUCAUAUA